UGGACUUUUGGAUAUGGUCGACUUCCUGGUAGCAUCCAGCAAGAUCCGUGGAGUAUUUAUCUAAACAUAAUUUAACAUUUUUUUUUCGCGUUUCAAUAAUCUUGGAUCUGAUCUUUCGCCAAAAAUUCAUCAGCCAAGAAGAAUCAUUUCCAAGUAUCUGAGUUCGCCGCUAUCCUCUCGACCUAGGGCUUCCAAUCCUUUCCGUUUCAGAAGGGGUUCAUUCAAAGAUUACCACCCAAAAGGAAGGAAAGAGACCAAUGUAUGCCCCUUUAAGGGCCUAUUGAUCUUUCCUCCUUUGGUGAAAUUAAAUCGAUGUUUCUUGUUGGAGCACUGCUACGUUUUGGAUUUGUAACAGCUUGGCUCUUUCACCUUGUUGCCUGUAUGGGAGCAGUUGCUGUCUUGGAUGUGAUGCGAAGCACAAACUGAUCAAAAGUCAAAGUCAAAGUCAAACUCAAACUCGCCCAAUGUCAAAACCUUGUAUGGCAGAUGACACCUGGACAAGUAGUAGAUUUGAGAUGGACAACACACGCGAUCCAUCUCUUGAUUCUCAUGACUUCAUAAAUCAUGGUUUUCUUCUCUGGAACCAAAGUAGACAGCAGUGGAUAGGAAAUAAAAGAAAUAGACAAAGAAACAAGCCUCGCGAACCAAGAUUGAGUAAGAAUGUUACCUAUGAUAGUUUGCUAGGUAGCAACAAGCCCUUUGCAAAGCCGGUUCCUCUUUCUGAAAUGGUAGAUUUUUUGGGGGAUGUAUGGGAGCAGGAAGGGUUGUAUGAUUGACAAUAGGUGAAAAUUAAACUUAAUUAUAAAUUGUGUUUUAGAAUAACACCUUAGGUUAUUAUGUAUUGUUUUUUUUUUAUUAUGUUUACUGUAAUCUUUAUUUAUUUUUCUGGUAUUGGACUAUUUAACUGACUAGAUCCAUAGACAGAACUUGUAAAAACCCCUUGGUGAAAAACUUGAAAGUUGUAACUUUAUUUGUCACCUAGGGAUGUAAGAUGUUGCAUUAAGAAAAGAGGGGUUGUAUUUGUAUCUACAAGAUAUUUACAUUGUAAUUUUUUUCCUUGUUUUUUUAUGAUGUGGUUUUCAAGAAAA